AUGGUUGCUAUUGGUUGUAAGCCUACUGUGAUUACUUAUGGGACUUUGAUUGAUGGAUUGUGUAAAACAAGGAACCUAAGUGUUGCCAUUAAGUUAUAUGAAGAAAUGGCUAAGGGGAAUGAAGAAUCUGGUGUUAGUUGUAGGCCAAAUGUUGUUACUUAUAAUAUUAUAAUUGAUGGUCUUUGCAAGGCUGGAUUGGUUGAGAAGGCUAGACAAUUAUUUUUGGAACUUAUGAUGCAAAGAGGUGUGGAUCCUGAUAUCUAUACUUACAGCAUUUUAAUGAAUAGUUAUUGCUUGGUAGAUAGAAUUAUUGAUGCAAGGGAGUUGUUUGAUUCUAUAACUAGAAAUGGGUAUAGACCUGAUGUUGUUUGCUACACUAAGGUAAAAGAUGCACGGAAUUUAGUUGGUGUGAUGCAACUUAACGGUGCUUUUCCCAAUUCCUGGACAUAUAGCAUUUUCAUUGAUGGACUUUGCAAGAAUGGAUGUGUUUUGGAAGCGGUGGAAAUGUUUUAUACUCUAGUAGAUAAUAAAUUUGCAAUUGACCUGACAAGCUUGAAUUCUCUCAUUGAUGGAUUAUGUAAAACAGGGAGAUUCGAAACUGCUUUGGGCCUAUUUCAGAAAUUUUCUCUUCAUGGAAACCUACUGCCAGAUGUUGUAACAUACAGUAUUUUGAUCAAUGGGCUGUGUAAAAAUGGACAACUAGAGAAGGCAAAUGAGUUGUUAUCAUAUAUGGAGGAAAAGGGUUGUGCUCCAAAUGUAGUCACAUUUAAUACGCUCAUGUUCGGUUUCCUCAAGAAUAAUAAGAUACCAAAAGUUGUUGAACUCCUUCACAAGAUGGCGGAGAGAAAUGUGAAGCCGAGUGAAUGUACAAUGUCCUUAGUCAUGCAAUUACUAAUAAAGGCCGGAAAUUAUCGUGAAUGUUUGAACCAGCUUCCUAAAUUUAUGGUCCAAAAGCAAAAUUGA